AUGACAGAAAUAGCAAAUCUUCUACAGGUUCCAUUAAAACAAGGGACAAACAAAAAGGGUGCAUAUAAUAGAACUAUGAAAGUUCCUGAUGGAAUGAAAGAAUUAGUUCAUAUUGUUGCUGGUCUUCAAAAAGAUGUUAAACAAAUGAGAAACGUUUUAACAUUACCAGAAGCUCAAGCAUAUGCCAAACGUCAAGGUCCAAAUUGGGAAGCACACGAAGCAGACAUUACGGGUCCAAAUGGAAAACCUGAUGGUAUAAAUGAAGUUUUCGUUACUGAUGGUCAAGGUAAUAUUAAAGUCAUAAAUGGUUACAAAUUAACUAUAACUGAUUAUCCUAAACGUAAAGCAUAUAAUGAACGUUAUCCUAUGCAAUUUGAUGAAAAUGGAAAAGCUGUUAAACAAUACAUUAGAGAAGGUGAAAAUGGUCCAAUUAAUUCAUACCGUCAUAAUCCAUAUUCUUAUUUCAAUGAAGAAUUAAAUGCUAUUGAAGAGGGACCGGAUGGAUUACCACGAUAUUCUAACCAGUUUGAUGGUCAAUAUGCAAAUAUUAGACCUGAAAUUUCAGCUAAGAAAUUCUUUAAAGUUGCUUUAUUCGAUCCAGUUUUCGCAAAUGUUAAAGAUGAACUUAAACAGCAAUUCCAACCAAUUAUAGUAGCAAGAAUUGCAUCAGGUGCUUUAUCUCAAGCAUUCAAAGAUUUAAUUAAGAAACCAUUAUAUCAGCAAC